GGACACAAUUCGUUCUGACCAUCUGCACGAGCACCUACCUUCGAGCAGCAUAUUAACGGAACACCGUCGUAGUCGUCUUCAUCAGAUAACCACCGAUAUAAUAUCACCGUCAAUAUGAAGGUCUUGUGUAUUACAUUGCUUUUGGUCGCUGCGGCGUUCGCUGAAAACAAGCCAACGAAGCGUAGCUACAACUUCGGAUCCUCUCCAUCAUCUCUUGGAUACGGAUCUGGUUUUGGAUACGGAUCUGGUUUUGGAUAUGGAUCUGGUUUUGGAUACGGAUCUGGUUUUGGAUACAAAUCUGGAUAUCAAUCAGCGUACCCAUCAUCUUAUUCAACUUACUCAGGUGCAUACCCAGCAGUGUCUUACUCCUCUGCCUACCCAGCAUCUUACUCCUCUGCCUACCCGACAUCUUACUCAGCCAAAUCUGCUGCCUUCCCGGUAUCUUACUCCGCUGCAUCCUCUGCUGUCCUCCCAGCAUCUUACUCCUCUGCCUACCCAGCAUCUUACUCUUCUGCAUACCCAGCAUCUUACUCCUCUGCAUACCCAGCAUCUUACGCCUCUGCAUACCCAGCAUCUUACUCCUCUGCAUACCCAGCAUCUUACUCCUCUGCCUACCCAGCAUCUUACUCCUCUGCCUACCCAGCAUCUUACUCAACCUACUCGGCUGCAUCCCCAGCUGCCUCCUUCUACAGUGCCUCCCCAGCAUCUUACUCAACCUACUCGGCUGCAUCCCCAGCUGCCUCUUUCUACAGUGCUUCCCCAGCAUCUUACUCAACCUACUCGGCUGCAUCCCCAGCAUCUUACUCUACUUACUCUGCUGCAUCUCCAGCCUCRUCGUACGGUGCCUACCCAGCAUCAUACUCUGGUGUAAACUCUGCAUCAUACACCGCCGCAUUACCAGCAUCUUAUUCUAGUGUUGUCCCAUCGUCAUACUCUGCAUACUCUGGAGCAUCUCCUCUGGCAUAUUCUGCCAACUCUGCUGCUGCUCAAGUACUAUCCCUGAACGAAAAAUCAUACGGAAACAACGCUGGAUUCGUAUCAACCACAGUUGCACCAAAAUCUGUAUCUUAUGGCCCAACCGAAUACCUAGGAUCUCAGACUUUUAAUGUAAACAAAUAGACAAUGACAAAUUACUUUAUUAAUUGGAAACAAAAAUAUAACAAUGGAAAUCAA